CCUAUCUUGUUCCUCUUUUCUCUCUAUCUACCCACUCAACUCUCCAUAGCGCGAAGCAAAUGCCUUAAAAUUGGAAAGUAUGCAACAUCGACGCUUCAACUCUUCCCUCUCUACAUGAAGCUCAAUUCGUCGUUGCAUGCGACGUGAAGAACACCACUUGGUGGGACUGUGGGAGAGAUAACUGUUGCCAGCUUGCCUUCGACCCAGUAGGAAGGACUAGGUUAUUUAGAGAAGAUUGAGUUAAUUAUCUUGUACGUUGGUCAAAUGCAAAGAUCAAGGGGAGUAGAAAUGCCUCAAAAGCAAUCUACCCGAGGUCCACCUCAUCCGAGGACUUUGAGCUCGAAUUCUGACACAUUAUACAAUCGAUCAAGAGCUGACCGGAGCCGAAAGCUAGCAGAUGGUCAGUCCCCGCGAGGGACUCUGUCUGAUCCUGCAAAUCGAAAGAAACUAAGAACAUGUAUUGCUGAUUUAGAAUGUUACCUUGGCCAAGCGCAUGAGGAGUUCAAAACUCUCAAGGACCAAUUAUCUUUAAAAGGGGCUUCUAAGAAAGUGGAGAAGAGAUCAAAGAAACAACAAAUGGUUCUUGAGUCGUUGGAAACUCGAGAAAACGACUCUAUUUCAGUUCAAACUGAAGAAUCCAAUGACAAGUACAAUACCAGUGCUUGUGAAACAUCUGAUGAAAACCAACAGGGAACUGAUGUUUUUGAAGUUCCAGCCGAGAAAGUAACUAUGAAAUCGACAAGUAAAUCGUGCCCCUAGAUGAUCGAGAUGAAAUUGAACCAAAAUUUGUUGUUUUAUCAACUGAAUCACCAAACAUGUCGGAGCCAGAAGAGUCAUCAUUACAUGAGUUGACUCUGAAGGAUGAUGAAGUGAAUUUGCUAAAGGCGAAGUUGGAGGACAAAGAAAAUGACCUGGAAGUAUUUCGCUUAGAAAAUGUGGGCUUAAAGAAUCAGCUAAAUGAAAAGUUGUAGGAGUUAUCAUCAGUUGGAUCCAAUAGAGAUGAAGUAACUUCAAGUUUGAAUCAAGUUGAACAAGAACUGGAAAGGAGCAAAAGCAGUCUGUCCAGUUAAAUGAGAAAUUAGAAGUUGCUGAAAAUGCAAAGGAGGAAUUAGAAACUGAAAUGCAGAAGCUUCAGGUAAUAACAGAGCAAUGGCGAAAGGCAGCUGAUACUGCAGCAUCGGUUCUAGCUGGUGAUGUGGGGAUGAAUGGCAGAAGAAUUUCUAAGCGGUGUGGAUCCAUGGAUACACACACUGGCAUUGUCUCCAAACCGGUAGAUUUGGAUUCACAAGUAUUAAUUGAUGAUCCAGACGAUGUUAUUGGUGGUGGAAAGGGGAAAGGUUCUGGGUUGAGAAUUGGGGACCUGUGGAAAAAGAAGGGCCAGAAGUAGAAUUUGUAUUUGUCACUGCAAUCUUGAAAUUAAGGGCUCAAAACAUUCAUAAUUGUUAUGCUUUCUUAUGUAAUUUGCAGUCUUUAUACUUGCACGAGGUGUGGACUUUGAUCAUGUGGUUAUUAA